UAAAUCGGUGCUCCCCUAGACCCGAGAAUUUCUGCUGCAACUGCGAGCUGCUUUAGGGCUUCCAUCUCGCUCGCACCGUCUGCCCGUGAUCCCCACCACAGUUUGAGGACCUCUUCUUAUGCUUUCUCUUGGUACUAGGAACUCGUAUUUGUCUUCGAUCUUGGACAGUGUGAGAGUCUAGGUUGGUGUGUCUUCUGUCCGUGGGGUUGCUGGGAGCUCGUCGCAGAGCUUCGUGCAGCUAUGGUGUUCGCAGAGAAGCGCACCUCCAUGGUGCCGGAGUUUCUUUACUCCACCAAGACGGCCAGGAGUGGCAUUUCUGCCUCCAAGUCUUUGUUCCAAGCCCUGACGGCGGAAGCCAGCAGCCAUGCUGCUCCCGCUUACACGGCCUCGAGCCUGUUCAAGCAGGUGGCGGGCGCCGCGAGAACCCCCGCCGGGGUGGCGUCACCACUCAUGGUGCCGUCCGCGAGCGAGCGCAAGAUUGUCAUGUUCUCGGGUGAGUACUACCGCGCUUGCGCUGUAGGAGGGAUGCUGUGCUGCGGGCUGACUCACAUGGGAGUGACGCCCAUCGACGUGGUGAAGUGCAACAUGCAGAUCGCCCCGGAGAAGUACAAGUCGAUCUCGGGAGGGUUUUCGUUGAUCGUGAAGGAGCACGGGGUGGUGGGUCUGUUCCGAGGGUGGGUGCCUACGCUGCUUGGGUACAGUGUGCAGGGUGCUUGCAAGUACGGGUUCUACGAGUACUUUAAGAAGACAUACUCGGACAUGGCCGGGCCGGAGAACGCCAAGAAGUACAAGACGGUGAUCUACUUGGCCGGGUCUGCGUCCGCGGAGGUGAUUGCGGAUGUGGGGUUGUGCGCAUUCGAGGCCGUGAAGGUGAGAGUGCAGACGAACCCGGGAUUCGCGAAGGGACUGAGCGACGGGAUGCCGAAGCUGAUUGCGUCGGACGGUGUGAAGGGGCUGUUCAAGGGUUUGGUACCAUUGUGGGGACGGCAGAUCCCGUACACGAUGAUGAAGUUCGCUACGUUCGAGAGCACGGUGGAGGCGAUCUACAAGUACGCGGUGCCAGUGCCGAAGAGCGAGGUGUCGUCGAGCUCACAGUUGGGUAUCUCGUUCACGGCGGGAUACAUUGCGGGAGUGGCUUGCGCCAUCAUUUCGCACCCGGCGGACAACUUGGUGUCGUUCCUGAACAAGUCGAAGGAUGCGACGGUGAAGCAGGCGAUUGACCAGAUGGGGUUGAAGGCGUUGUUCACCCGGGGGCUGCCAUUGCGUAUUAUCAUGAUCGGUACAUUGACGGGAGCACAGUGGGGUAUCUACGAUUCGUUCAAGGUGUUCGUGGGUCUGCCAACGACCGGUGGUGUGGUUGAGGAGCCUAAGAAGUAGAGGGUUGAUCUGAAUGCGUAUGUAUUUAUUUUUUUCGUGCUACCAUGAGGUACUGAGGAUUUAUUCAAUCAAAUUGAGUCGGGAUGUUUAGUUACUAUGUCAGGUGUGGGGAUGACCUACUGCAGUGGGUUGAUGAGUUUAGGAUCAUAGAUUGAGGCCAUAGAGAUCUUAUCAGCAUCCCUUGUACUCCUCGGAGCUCGCAUCGACCGACAUUGGUGAUUAGAUAACCUGUCGACUGUUCAUGACGCACAGGUUAUUCAAUGUUGAGAACGUUUUCAUUUGCGGCCUGAAUUGCGAAUAAAUUGCCAUCACUAGAAUCAUGA